AGGAGCGGCUGUGCGCCUUCAGCACCACUUCGCUGUCCACCGUCCCGAGGAGAGCACACACGCGCUGAACGCAGCCGCAGUAAGCACCGGCUCCAACUUGAAACCGCGCCGAGCAACAAGUUUGCAACCAUGCCGAGGUCUUUUCUCGUGGAUUCCUUGAUUUUAAGGGAGGCCAACGACAAAGGGAACGAGAACAACCCACCUUUAUUCCCCUACGCCGUGCACUCGCCGCACCACCCGCACGGGCUGCCGGGCUCCUGCCACUCCAGGAAAGCGGGGCUGCUGUGCUUCUGUCCGCUCUGCAUGACCGCCUCACAGCUCCAUCCGUCUCCACCGGCGCUGCCGCUCCUCAAGGCGUCUUUUCCUCCCUUCAGCUCACAGUACUGCCACUCGGCUCUGUCCAGGCAACACUCCACGUCCAACAGCGUCAACCUCAGCCACGCACCGGGGAUUUACCAGGCUGCGUACUCGGUGCCAGACCCGCGCCAGUUCCACUGCAUCUCUAUCGAAAACAGCAACGGCAAACUUCAGAGCAGCAAGCGCAUGCGCACCGCCUUCACCAGCACGCAACUUUUGGAGCUGGAGCGAGAGUUCACCUCCAACAUGUACCUCUCCAGACUGAGGCGCAUCGAGAUCGCCACGUACCUGAACUUGUCUGAGAAACAGGUGAAAAUCUGGUUCCAGAACCGCAGAGUGAAGCACAAAAAGGAGGGCAAGAGCAGCGGCCAAAGGACUGGAUCACAUAACUGCAAAUGUUCGUCCCUGUCGACGGCGAGAUGCUCGGAGGAGGAGGACGAUGACAUUCCCAUAUCUCCCUCUUCAUCCGAAAAGGAGGACGUGGACCUGUCCGUCUCCCCCUGAACUGCCCUCUUGCCUCCCCUCUGAAAGAUUUUGAAAACAGCCAAAAAAAAAAAAAAACAGACUGUGCCACUUGUGUUCAGUCGUGUGUACAUAGACAGAGAAUAUUUAAUCAGGGAGCUGCCCUGAAUUAUUGUAUAGCUGUAUACAUGUUGUACGUUUUGUAUGUAGUUUUUUUCUGAAAACAGUCCAUUGUUGUUGCCAAUCCGAUGAGUAUGGUAGGCAUAUUUGUAAAGACAAACCCCCAAAAACAACUCCAACAUUGUUUAUUAGUAUUUGGGGGAGGACAGUAUUUUGUGCUAUACUUGAUGACUGCUGGUUAGAUUCAUUCUAUGUGGAUGGAACUGUGACUUCAAAUACGGAAAGCUGGAGAGAAAUCCCCCCCCCCCCCCCCCCCCACUGUCCCAUCGCUGAGACCACUCUGAAAUUAUAUCUUCAGUGUAAUUGAAAAAUAUUUAUUUAUUUAAAAAUGUUGAUACUUAAAUAAAAAUAUUUCUGAGCGGUA